AACAAAAAACCGAAAUACAGAGAAAUGCUCCUUCGGCUCUUUCCUUCCAUUGCCCGACCCUUCUUCUCACUCUCUUCCCGGUCAAGAUUGUAUUGUGCGAGCAGAGAAAUGGGCCAGGACAGUUCAGAAUGUGAAGUGAUUCAAGUGAAGAGGCGCGCUUCAUUUCGUUUAUGCAAUGUGUCAAGUUACACUACUGAAAUACUGGAGAUUCGAGCUGACGAUCCAACAUUGCAUGUUGUAGUUAUCCCUGGAAAUCCAGGUGUUGUUUUAUUCUAUAAAGAGUUUUUGGAGUCACUAUAUGAGCUGCUGGGUGGAACUGCGUCUGUGACAGCUGUUGGGCAUAUAUCUCAAACCAAAAAGAGCUGGGAGCAUGGAAGGUUGUUCUCAUUACAAGAACAAAUUAAUCAUAAGAUGGACGUCAUCAAACAGGAAUUGCAAAAUAAUGAAGUUCCUAUAUUACUGGUUGGGCACUCUAUUGGUUCAUAUAUAUCUGUCGAAAUGUUUAAGAGGUCUCCAGAGAAGGUGAAAUAUUGUAUCGGACUAUAUCCAUUUUUGGCGCUAAACCCACAAUCCAGAAAGCAGUCUAUUAUUGGGAAGAUUGCAGAGUCCCGUAUUCUAUGUGUUGUCUUCAGCUUUAUUGUUGCACUCUUGGGUUUGUUGCCUAUCCGACUGUUGAGGUUAAUUGUGACCAUGUUCCUUGGGAAGUUCUGGUCAGCUACUGCAGUUGACGCUGUUUGCUCUCACUUGGUAAAGUACCAUACCAUGCGAAAUGUCCUCUUUUUGGCAAUGACAGAAUUCAGAAAGCUUUCAGAAACACCAGAUUGGGCAUUCAUGAGGGCAAAUCAACACAAAAUUGCAUUUUUGUUUGCCAUUGAUGAUCACUGGGGUCCACUGCAAAUGUUUGAAGAGAUUUCCAAGCAGGUUCCAGAUGCUGCUCUAUCAAUUGAAAGAGAGGGCCUCACUGAUCAUGGUUUUUGUUGCACUGAGGCCGGUUCAUUGUGGGUUGCUGAGCAUGUAGCAAAGUUGAUCAAGAAUCAAAAAGCAUCACAGUAAUUACCUGGCCCAGCCCACCAUGUUCCUCUUUAGGAUGCAAAGGUUGGACUUGCAAUUGGAUGCAUAAUAAGUCAAUAAAAGAGUGUACAGUACACUUAAUUGUUACUUAUACUAGAGUCUAGAGACAACAAAUUGGUUUAAGCUGCCUGCUUGUGGACAUUAGCAUUUCUUCAUACCUCUAAAAAUAAAACUAUUUAUACCCCAUUUACUAAUAAAACUAUGUUGUUAGAUUGUGAAUUUAACUCUGUAUUGAACUUUAAUAAA